AACCGUUUUCUUUGUGUCUCGACACCUUAGUUAUUGUUUAAAUCAAGCCGGGAUUAAUAUCCUUAUUGCUCACUUCCACUUUAGUAGUUGCUGUGAGUGAAAUGCAAAAUGAGGAGAAAUGAUAAAGGCAAAAGUAGUGAUAAAAUUGUUGUAAAAAAAUCAUGCACUCUGACAUCCCAACAAACGCGUACGCUUCAAUAUUCUGAACAAACUAUAUAUUCAUCUAACACCAGCGCUAAUUGGAACCGUAAUGGAAGUAGUGCACUAUUUAAUACGAAUAAUAGCUUCUCAACAUAUCCGUCUACAGUUUCAAGUUUAUUUGGACCAAUAAACAAUACAGAUAGAUCUCAAAUUAUUAAUCUAACAACAGCAGCAACAGAUGCAAGGCCGUUCUCUUCACAAAAUGGUACAAAUUCAGUUCCUGCAGUAAAAAAUUUGCAGUAUCAAUCAGUAUAUAAAAGACCCAGUUAUCCAGGAGUUUCUCAAACCAGUACUGUUAUAAAUAAACCUGCUUAUUCUGGAAGUAGCCCACCAAUUUCCAAACCCAUUAUUGUUUCUGCAAAUCCAAGACCUUCUAUUUCUUCUGUGACUUCUCAAGUUUCUCAGUCAAGUGGUCUUCCAAAUGAUCAUGAAAUACCGACGUACAACACGAAAGGCAAAAACAGAGCAAAAGUUCUAAUUAUCAACAAUAUUCUAUUUAAAGGCAAAGAAGAAAGAAAGGGGGCGAAAAAAGACACCGAAGCUCUGGAAAAGUUAUGCAAAAAGUUUAAACUAGAGUAUACAUCUAAAAAAGAUCUAAAAAAAGAUGAGAUGAUAAGGGCUGUGAAUGACUUUGCAAAGUCUACUAGUCAGAAGAAUUAUAACAUGGUAAUAACCAUUAUAAUGAGCCACGGAACGAGUAUUCAGGAUAGUCAUGGGCAGAUCACACAAAUCAGUGGUAUUGAUGAAAAACUUAUUCAAGUUAAGGAAAUUACCGAUAUAAUUGCAUUACAAAAACAUCUUAGUGGGAAACCAAAGAUAUUCAUAUUCCAGUGCUGCAGAGGAGAGGAAGUACAUACUGAUGCUAGACCAAUAAUAUCAAAUGCUAAAAAUCAAUCGGACAUGCUACUGGCCUAUUCAACACUGCCAGGUUUUGUUUCCUACAGAAGCCCCACUACAGGUUCAUGGUAUAUCCAAACGUUGUGCUCAAUCUUCAGCGCACACGCUCAUCAAUGGGAUAUUGAAACCAUGCUGAAGAAAGUUGAUGCCGAAAUGAAAAAUAAAUAUAAUAAGGAAGCGCAAACUUCCUGCUAUGAUUGUAGGGGUUUUAAACGAUGUUUUUUGUUUCAAGAUUAAUUAAUCUGUUAAUCUAUAAGAGAAAAAGAUCUAUAAUAUUUAACAUAGAUAUAAUCAUAGUUAAAGUAUUUAAAUGUAGAAGUAUUUAUGAAUAAAUUUGUAUAAAAUA